AUGACGUCCUCAACCAAAGCGAACGGCCCGCUACUUGUGCCGCCAUCGAAUUUCGCCAUGGUGGAGGAUGGCGUCUACCGCGGCGCCUACCCAACCGAGGCGAAUGUGCUUUACCUGCGCCACAUUGGGAUUACGCAUAUUGUGCUUCUCUCUAUUGAGCAGCUGCCGGGCCCGGUGAAGCGGUUGCUCGGAUCGGAGGUAACUGGGAAGGCCGCCAGCAACUGCCUCACGCGUGGCCCUAUUCGCAUUAUUAACAUUGUGGACAUGCGCACCUGGCGCGUGGAUGGGGUGAAUAGUGGGGACGACUUUAGCCCCCACGACGUCACCCGUGCGUUGGACUUUGCAGUGGACCGGCGAUGGCAUCCGGUGCUGUUUGCCUGCCCUCUCGGCGAGCUACAAACGAACGUGCUCAUCGGGUGCAUGCGGCGCUACCAGCACUGGGCCCUCUCGGCCAUCUUCAGCGAGUGUGAACUCUACACAAGCGUGUGCCGCACUCUGCGGCAGUCGAUAUUGCUCUUCAUUGAGUCCUGGGACCCCGCGAAUCACCCCAUUAGUGCGGUCAACAUUCAUUACCGUAAUCGCAAAAUGGUGCAUCAGGAGCGCCGAAAGCACCGGCACGCUGCCGCGUUCGACGACGACCGCGACAGAACGAGCGGAUCCAACUCCUUCGAGGACUCCGUGGAGGAGGUGGAGGAGAAUGCACGCCGGAGCGUCAUGAGCGACCUGCUGGACAAAAACUCCGCAGACGGGCAACACAGCAGCACCGUUUCGUCCACACAGUGGACCUUUAGUGAAGUGAGUGUGAGAUCGACGUCGCCGCCGAUGAAAGUGAAGGUACGCAACCCAGACGCAGCGUUCAUCUCGACAAGUGGACAACGCCCUCCAAUGAUGAUGCGUCGGGCGGCUGCCGCUGCCGCAGCGGCGCGACUCCGCGAGCAGCAGGACCAGCAACUUCACAAACAAAUGUCAGCGAGUGAAGCGGAGGAGCAGGCGAACUUUGUGCAGAUGGAAGAGGGCAAGGUGGCUGGCGUGAUCUGGGCAGAGUGGUACCUGGAAGCCCUUCGUGUCGCCGAGGAACUAAAGGUGCGGGCAUACAGCUUACCGUCCAUAUGCUACGGUGGCGCUGAUGUGUGCACCGGAGCCGAGCUUCCACCACCGCAUGUGCUCUAUGCCGGCGCACGCAAUCCGCCCGCGCUCGAUGCCCGCUCCACCUUCACCAAGGAGUGCAUCGUCGAGGAAGAUGAUGACUAG